CACACUUGAAUUAUGUGCAUAUGCAUCUCUCAGGUUGCCUUCAAACAGAAAUCUUGAUCGAUCAUCUGAUCCUUCAUACAAGUUUAUUGGAAGUAUAAUUGAGACUGAUCAUUAUCAAUAGAUUGACAAUGAGUUCGGAAAGAAAGUCGGACAACUGCCUUGGAUGGGCUGCAAGAGAUGAGUCGGGAUUCCUUUCACCUUUCAACUUCGAGCGCCGGGCUGUCGGAGAUGAUGACGUCUCGGUGAAGAUCACUCACUGUGGCAUCUGCUAUGCAGAUGUAUUCUUCACCCGAAACAAAAUAGGCACGGCAAAGUAUCCUAUGGUACCUGGGCACGAGAUCGUUGGAAUUGUUAAGGAAGUGGGUGCGAAUGUGGGCAAAUUCAAAGUAGGAGAUCAUGUCGGGGUCGGAACUUACCUCAACUCUUGCAGAGACUGCGAGUACUGCAACGAGAGUUUAGAAGUGCACUGCUCAAAGGGAAUUGUUAUGACGUUCGAUGGCACUGAUGUGGAUGGUACCCCGACCAAAGGAGGCUACUCCGAGUUCAUUGUCGCUCAUGAAAGAUACUGCUAUCAGAUACCUGAAAACUACCCAAUGGAAUUAGCAGCACCUCUGCUGUGCGCUGGGAUCACAGUUUACACUCCGAUGGUACGCCACAAGAUGAACACCCAGCCUGGGAAAUCCCUCGGAGUGAUUGGUCUAGGAGGGCUGGGCCACAUGGCCGUGAAGUUUGGCAAGGCCUUUGGCCUGAAGGUCACCGUUCUGAGCACCAGCAUGUCCAAGAAGGAUGAUGCCUUGACCCUGCUAGGUGCCGAUAGAUUUGUCCUCUCGUCUGACAAAGAAGAGAUGGAUGCACUAGAGAAGUCCCUAGAUUUCAUAGUCGAUACAGCAUCGGGAGUUCACCCCUUUGAUUCCUAUAUGCCACUGCUGAAGCCUGGUGGCAUUCUUGCUCUGGUAGGCGCCCCAAGCGAAGUGAAACUGAAUCCUAUGAGCCUUAUCAUGGGCAUGAGAAGCAUUGCCGGAAGUGCAGUAGGGGGAACAAAGAUGACUCAAGAGAUGAUCAACUUCUGCGCCGAGCACAAGAUUUAUCCAGAGAUAGAAUUGAUCCCAAUUCAGUAUGCAAAUGAAGCUCUGGAAAGGCUUGAGAAGAGUGAUGUGAAGUUCCGUUUCGUGAUCGACAUUGCGAACUCCUUGAACUAAGCUUUCAGCAAGUGCAGUAAUUUAUUCUGUGUGUAUCAAAUAAUGUUCUCUAGUCUGAGUAUGACCUUAUAAUAACUAGAAGGGAGAGAGAGGUUUCAAUAAUGGAAAUCGAAUAAAAAUCGGGUUCACGUAAUGAGUAAUAUGGAUAAA